GCUACGCCGGGGCUGUGGGAAUAAGAUGGCGGGGAAGAAGAAUGUUCUGUCGUCCCUCGCGGUUUACGCGGAAGAUUCAGAGCCCGAGUCUGAUGGCGAGGCUGGAAUCGAGGCGGUGGGCAGCGCGGCUGAGGAGAAAGGCGGAUUGGUAUCUGAUGCCUAUGGGGAGGAUGACUUUUCUCGUCUAGGGGGUGAUGAAGAUGGUUAUGAAGAAGAAGAAGAUGAGAACAGUAGACAGUCGGAAGAUGACGAUUCAGAGACUGAAAAACCUGAGGCUGAUGACCCAAAGGAGAAGCUCGGCACAGUGACAGAGGCACCCAGGGCUCAGCAAGCUCAUGGCCCAGCUUGUUGGACUCAGAGGGCAGAAGAAUCACAUUCUAAACAUGACAAGGAUAAUACAGAAGCAGAAAAGCGAGACCCCCAGGAACUCGUGGCCUCCUUUUCUGAAAGAGUUCGGAACAUGUCGCCUGAUGAAAUCAAGAUCCCGCCAGAACCCCCUGGCAGAUGUUCAAAUCACUUGCAAGACAAGAUCCAGAAGCUUUAUGAACGAAAGAUAAAGGAGGGAAUGGAUAUGAACUACAUUAUCCAAAGGAAGAAAGAAUUUCGGAACCCUAGCAUCUACGAGAAGCUGAUCCAGUUCUGUGCCAUUGACGAGCUUGGCACCAACUACCCAAAGGAUAUGUUUGAUCCCCAUGGCUGGUCUGAGGACUCCUACUAUGAGGCAUUAGCCAAGGCCCAGAAGAUUGAGAUGGACAAAUUGGAAAAGGCCAAAAAGGAGCGAACGAAAAUUGAGUUUGUGACGGGCACCAAGAAAGGCACCACGACCAACGCCACAUCCACCACCACUACCACCGCUAGCACAGCUGUUGCAGAUGCUCAGAAGAGAAAGAGCAAGUGGGACUCGGCUAUCCCAGUGACAACGAUAGCCCAGCCCACCAUCCUCACCACCACAGCCACCCUGCCAGCUGUCGUCACGGUCACCACCAGCGCCAGCGGCUCCAAGACCACCGUCAUCUCUGCUGUGGGCACCAUUGUGAAGAAGGCCAAGCAGUGACCUGAGGGGCCACCCUAGGACUUGAAAGGACCGUGCCGCCCAGUGACCACUGCCCAGUGGGAGGCGCCACUUUGUAUAUUUCAGGACUGGGACCUGCUCCCCAGAUGCCACCUGAGAGGAGCUUCUGUGUGGCAUUCCAUAUGGAAGGACAGGCAGCGCGGGAGCCAGGCACUGUGGACAGGGUCUGUCCACGCACCACCUGGGGUCUGCCGCCUAUUAAAAGUGCCAUAUUCUUA